AUGGCGUUAACAUAUCCUACAGAUGAAGAGCUCGUACAAAUGACAACUGUUCAGUUAAGAAACCUGCUAGACCAAAACAUAAUCACACCUGAUCAGCACCAAGAACUUCGGGUGCGUAGAAGGCGUCUUCAGAAUCGCAAAUAUGCUCGCAGAUGUGCCAAGAAAAAACAAAACGAAGUUGCCAAUCUCGAGGCUGAAACACAAGCGGAAUGGGAAAGAAUACAAUCUCUCAAACUUCAACUUUCACGUUUAACUGUUUCAUCCAACCGACUGGACGACCACCUGGCUAAAUUAAGCUCUCUAAAGGCACGUAUGGGGGAUCCUAACUUCAGCAUUCCCAUGGUGUCUUCUAACGGCGCACGCUUGGGUAGCGCCCGACUCAAUCCCAACUUGACAAAGGCUCAAUUCGAAAGUGGCAUGGUUUCCCAUUCCUCUUCGCGCUCCCCUUCACCUUCCGGUGAUGGUGACGACUUAUCAAGAGCUGAUGAUUAUUACGUCGAUUGCGUUCAUCGAGGACGUCAACGUGGCUGUCGAUGUGAUGCCUCAACGUCUUCGGCUGUGGUUGCAAUGCCAUCGGUGGGUUUUCGAAGCUCCGAGCUCUGUGACAUCAAAUUUUUCACCAAUGCCUCUGCACCAAUGGGAGAGCGGGGGAGUUGA